AUGACAUUUGUUUUCGAGGCCCGUCGACUUCCGUUUGGCGAUGCGAGGGCCCCUUCUAUUCACGCAGGCAACGACAACAGCGACGCAGACGAGGUGCAGCUAAAAGAUAUGCCGGGUUGGAAGAAGCGUCUUUUGCCGCACGUGUUGAGUGUUGUGCAGAGCCGUUACGGUAACGGUGCGGAGUUACUGCGCUGGGAGGUGGCGUUGCGAAUUGUGGAGGAGCUCCCCGAGCUGGAGUCGGCGCACGCACGCAUCAUAGCAUACCGCGAGCGCCGACGUGAGGGCGCCAUGACGGCGGAAGAGCAUAUGAUGGAGGAGGUGCUGCGUGAGCGCAUGGGCGACGACUUCCUCGACGACAGUGACAGCGGGAGUGUUGCGAGGGGGGCCUCAUCUGAUGAGGAGGAGGAGGACGAGGACGAGGAAAUGGACAUUGCGAUGUGUUUCAAUGCAAAGGGCGAGGUGGUGAGCAUAGGCUCCGCCGGUCUCUUCGGUGGUCAUGGCUACCAUCCACAAAAAUCAAAAUCUUAA